CCCCCAGUGCAAGCCAACAAUUUGGAAGCAUGCAAAGGUUCGUCCGAAAGGCGAUGAGCGCACCGGCGCACUGUCCCCGUCUCAAAGGGCCACUGCGAGAGGGUCAGUAUGUCAAUUGAUGCGAUCUGGGACCAUUUGGUCUUAAUUAACGGAGACAUAUAUAUAUAUAUGGUAUGGACAUGUAUUCAGUAUUUUUCAUCACACAAACGAAAUUCGCUCAACCGAAGCUUUAUAGAAACUUCCAUGAGGCCUUGUACUGACCGGUCGAUCAGCUGCGGAUCCAAGCAUUUCUUUGCGAUAGCUUUUCCAUUUAGCUCAGAUAAACCCAAAUCGGCCUGUUUACAUCUGCAGACCCAGAUGCGAAACGUUUGAAAAGCGUCCCUGUAACGUCGAUCACGUGCUGCCACUUUGAUUACCUGAAUAUACGUUGCUAUGCUCUACACGUGUGCCUAUUCAUAUCUACUUUACCUCGUCUACGUGUGGCUAUCGUUCUACCUGCACGCGGUGGUAUUGUCCGCGGGGGUUGGGGAUACUGUGCGGAGGCGAUUAUCCAAUGCCAGUGUCAGCAAGAAUUUAAAGCAAUAUGUUAUGCAAAGUUCAUCACACGUCUUUCACUUUUCUGAUUCGCCUAAGAAACGGACACAUGAAUGGACCAAUGGCUACUUCAGGAGGACAAAAUCCAGUAACAGGUUGCAGUUGCUCAACGCGUUGGAGUCAAACGUUUUGUUCGACGGUGCCGACAAAAGAAGUCCUCCGCGCCAACAGCGGGUUUUUGUGUACGGUCACGACGAUAGGCUAGCGAUUGAUCCCUCUAGAGUAAAACACUACCCCUACUUCAACAUCGUACGACUUUUAGGCAGCGGCGUCGGCUGUACGGGCACUCUCCUCACACCGACCUAUGUCCUUACGGCCGCGCACUGUGUCCAUGAUGGUGACGCUUUCAAACCCAAAUUAGGAAUGCUCAAGGUUUUUAUACCGCACAGUCACGGGGAUCUGGUACGUUUUAUCAGUAAUAUUAGCGUACCAUCCCAGUGGGGUAAGGCUGGUGCUAAUGCCAAACGGGCAAAGUUUGACUAUGCAGUCUUGCACCUAAACCUGGCUGUGUAUGGCCGUCAUGACUUCAUGCCUCUGCACGUGCCGAGUCAAAGACUUAUAAACGAGGAUCUGUACUUCCUAGGGUUUCACUACGACACAGCGUCCAUGUCCAAAACAAAGUGCUCGGAAUCGCUGAAGCAUCUGAUGUACGGUAAUAAUGUCCUGCUGAGUCAGUGUGACUCCAGUGUGGGCAAUUCUGGAGCAACACUCUUUUACGAGAACCCGCGUACACGCGAAAGAAAAAUCAUUGGCUUGGUGUCAAACACAGCUGACUUAAGUUGGAGAAAAUCAAAUCGCUGGUAUCGCGUAACCUAUAUCACCCUGCUCACCCCAGACAAAAUAAAGGACAUAUGUGACAUGGUGUUUCCGGAGGGGAGGGAGUACAACGUUUGUCCUCCAUUCACGUAUCGAAAGUACUCACGUGAGUCUAUGAUGUGGUAGUCACGUGACUGAUUGCCAUGGUUACUAUGACAAAAGCGUGUAAUAGUUCUAUAUGGAAUGUUUGAGAAUAAUAUUUAGAAAAUGUAUUGAUUCGCUUCACUUGAAAGCUCUAGAGUUGAUUAACUUAAUAUGAUACAGGUAAGGAUGUUGUACAACGGAAUUCGUAAAGAUAAUACUACGGUGAUGGCUUUUUAUCAGAAACAAGGUUAUCACUUGUGAAUGAACUCAAUUGGACAAAAACUGUAGGAAGAAGGAUUAGUUAAAUCUGGUGUGUGUAAUAUGUGUCAUGGCGUUCGGGGUCAUGAGAACAGAAUUAAAGAAAACUGCCACCUUCA